AUGGAUCCUGGCGCAGUCGUUUUCGGGCGGGUAACAAGUCGAGGGAUUCUCAAUAGGAACAAAGCGGCAACAUUCCGAGGACCCAGCAGUAGCGCUUCUGUAACUCAGCACUGUACCGGGAAAGAUGGGAAGCAAGUGUGUCUUCCAUGGCAGCUCGACUGCGGGUUUGGAAGCCCACGAUGUGUCUCGAGGAAGAAAUUGAACGAUAAAAAAAUAGACUGUUAUUCUGGAAUUGAUGAAGGCUGUCCCUCACAUUUUUUCGUGUGUAAAGACAAAAGCACUUGUAUCGAGCCGGAGCUUUUCCAGGACGGUAAACGUCAGUGUGCUGACGGAAGUGACGAACCGUGUCCCCCCGGACAUUUCCCCUGCUCGGACUCUUCGAAGUGCAUCCCACUAUCCAAAUUCCAGGAUGGAAAGGAACACUGUGCUGACGGAAGUGACGAAGAGUGCACGACUUCCCAAGUGGAAUGCGGUUGCGGAAGGACUCGCUGUGUGUCCCGCGAACAAGUUGGAGAUGACAUCUGGGACUGCGAGGACGGUAGCGACGAGCUCUUCAACGUAACUCACAACGAGACUUGCCCUGACGGAACCAAAAGAAGACAAGGAGCGAACUCCGUGCUUAUCGGAGAACUCCAACUCUGUACCGACUCGCGUUUGUGCCACAGCCAUCUUGGCGAAAUUUGUAUCGUGGUAGGAGGUUCGUGGCGAUGCGUCUGCCAGCGAGGAAGCGUCCGACUCCCUGGCGCAUCGAGGUGCAUUCCAACGUCGGAAGUGGAGGCGUAUAUGAAGAAUCCACUUUUGAAUUGCUCAGAGAGAAGAAAAGAGCUACACUUGCGGUUUAACGGCUCACAAGGAUUUCUCGCCAAGCUGGCGAAACCUCUAUCGCCGCGAGUGGACAUCCGUCGUGCACCCAUAACUCGAAAACUGCAAAAAGCAGCUACGUACUCCACCGCCCAAGUGACGGCGCCAACGGAUACUCAAACUGUCGUCGCUCGUCGAACUUCUAGUCCCUCAGGAGGUACCGUCAAAGAAGCUUCUCGGCUGCUUUUUUCAGCAAAUGGCGCUCUUUGCGGAAGAAAUGAUUCCGGAUUUUGCGACUGUCCUCCGACCAGCACUCCCAUCAACGGCGUAUGCGUUCUGGUGAAUGAAUGCUCGGAUGCUCGUUUAAACGAUUGUUCUCCACAUGCGAAGUGUAUCGAUAAGACAGUUGGCUACACGUGUCGGUGUGUGCCUGGAUUCGCGGACACUUCUCCAGGUGGUAUACGCAGGCCGGGAAGAAAAUGUACACCAUUGGUGGACGAAUGCGAGACGAAGCAGCACGACUGCGACGCGAAAGCGAUGUGUCGCGACGAGGCCGUAGGAUUCUCGUGUCAUUGCCCGUUCGGCUUCGCUGACAUCUCUCCCAAUUCAACCAAGCCGGGUCGUGUCUGCAUACAAUUAAACAUCGAAUGCGAUGGCUGCAAUUCUUCGACUUCUCACUGCGUACCGACUGCCGGUGGCAACGUUGUGUGUGCUUGUCUGCCAGGAUUUGAAGAUCUGGAUCCAAUAAAUCCAGGACAAAACUGCUCGAAACUUUUACGGUCGAAUCCGUGUCAAGACUAUUCGCUACACGACUGUGACCCGGUAGCGGAGUGCUAUUCAGAAACACCUGGGUACUUUCAAUGUCGUUGUCCAAAAGGAUUUAUCGACGUGUCUCCGGACACAAGAACUCCUGGACGAAAAUGUGCUAGAGUUGUGGACGAGUGUUCGCUUGGAACGCACACCUGCGAUCCGAAUGCUGAUUGCGUGGACACCCCUGAGGGCUACACUUGUCGUUGCAAGGCGGGUUGGCAGGAUGCCAGCAGAGAUCUACGCAACCCUGGACGGAUUUGCAAGAAAGCAAAUGUGUGCGCGAACAUGGACUGCGCUCCGGAAGCGGAAUGCCGCGAAACCCCGAUUGGACCAACAUGCCAGUGCGUCAGCGGUUUUGUCGACAUUUCACGACAGCACGGAAGAUCUGCUGGCAGAAUUUGCAGACCAGUCGUGAAUGAAUGCGCUGAAGGGAAGCACGACUGCUCGAGUCAUGCGUCCUGCAUUGACACUGCAGACGGAUUCACUUGUAGAUGCCACGAUAACUACAGGGAUGAGAGUCCUUCUCAGGCCACGCAACCCGGCAGAGUCUGCGUCCGAGCUUUUGUACCAGACCCACCAGAAUGUGAAGUAAGCGAUCCGAUGAGCUGUGAUCAAAGGAAAUCGGAGGUUUGUGUGUUCGUGAAUGGGACCUACAAGUGCCGCUGCGCUUCCGGAUACUCUCGCUUGCCUGACGGGCGAUGUUUGGCUAUCAACGAAUGCGAGCAUAAGCGACUUAACAGUUGUGGAGAAAACGCAGAGUGCAUUGAUUUGGCCGAAGGUUACACCUGUCAAUGCCGUUCCGGAUAUGCUGACAUCUCAGGGCCUGGACAAACAGGUCGUCUGUGCAAGGCUCGAGUGAACGAAUGUUCGAACAAAGAAAAGUACCGCAUCGAUUGCGACGAGAAUGCGAUUUGUGUGGACACCGAUGAGUCGUUCACUUGUCAAUGUCGGCCCGGUUUUGCCGAUAUUUCUGCUGCCUUCAAUCGACUACCUGGUCGUCGUUGCAUCGAAGCUAUUAACGAAUGCUCCGCCAGAUCGCUCAACGACUGCUCUGAGUUCGCCCUUUGCGAGGAUGCUAAGGAAGGCUAUGUAUGCUCGUGUCGUUCCGGUUACGUGGACGCAUCUCCGAACGCAACACACUAUCCGGGAAGGGUCUGCCGUAAACCUGUCGAGAAGAUCACUUUGACUGACUUCACCAGCUCUUUCUCACACGACUCAUGUGAUCCAAAGAGAUCUUCGUGCGGAGCAAAUGAAGUGUGCACUGAUCGAGGUCAACGAGGACAUUUCGCCUGCCAGUGUGCGGAAAACGCGUUCCGCUACGAAGAUGGUACCUGUCGAUUGUUCUCUGCUUGCUCAAAGACCACCGAAUGCGACAAGAAUGCGGUUUGUCUCAACACUUUCGAUUCGUACAGCUGUCAGUGUCGUCCCGGCUUCAUCGAUAUGUCCCCGGAUCCAGAGCAAAAGCCAGGGAGACGUUGCAAAGAGCUUGUCAACGAAUGCGCUACGACAAACAACGAAUGCUCGCCUUUCGCGAAGUGUGUCGACCUGACUGAAGGCUACGCAUGUCAAUGUCUGGAGGGCUAUGUGGAUGUUUCUUCCAAGCACAAAUUUCCCCCCGGUCGAGUUUGCACUCAAUCGAACAACGAGUGUGCAUUCAAACACCUUAACACUUGCGACGACAAUGCAGACUGCAUCGACUCUCCUGACGGUUACACUUGCCAAUGCUACGCGGGAUUUGUGGACGUAUCUUCGAAUGCAAAUCUUCCUCCGGGUCGUGUAUGUACUGUCCAAACCACAUGCCCAAAACAGAAAACCGACCUCGUUUUCCUAAUUGACGGGUCCGGCUCGAUCGGCUCAUAUGUCUUUAAGAAUGAGGUGCUGAGGUUCGUGCGUGAGUUUGUGGAGUUGUUCGAAAUAGGACUGGAUCGCACCAGAGUAGCCCUCAUACAAUACUCGGAUCAGAUUCGACACGAGUUCGACUUAGACCAGUACACUGAUAAGGCUUCCGUUCUGCGUGCGAUCACUGAAACGCAGUAUCUUACUGGCCUGACCCGCACUGGUGCUGCGAUCCAACACAUGGUCCAACAAGGCUUCAGCGAAAGACGAGGAGCCCGUCCGCAAAGCAGUGACAUUUCGAGAGUUGCGAUAAUUCUCACAGACGGUCGUUCGCAAGACAACGUUUCUGGUCCAGCCGAAGCAGCGCGCAAACUCAGCAUCAACACUUUCUCCAUCGGUGUCACCGACCAUGUACUCGCCAGCGAACUCGAAGCAAUUGCUGGAUCUCCGACAAGAUGGUUUUAUGUGGAUAAGUUCAAGGAUCUGGACACUCGACUACGCUCCAUGAUCCAAAAGGCUGCAUGCCCUUCUCCAGCGAAGAUGGAAUCUCCUCCUCAAGGAACAUGUAAUCCGAAAACUCAGACAGGAUGUGAUCGCUCACUGAACGAAUACUGCGCUGAGGAAAAUGGAAGGACACGUUGUGUCUGUCCUGCUGGUUUCCAUCGGCAUCCUACAACCAGAGUGUGUGGAGGAUCGUUAUGCAAUCCACAACUGAUCACAUCGUGCAUAUAUCCGGAGGAAUGUCUGGUUACACCAUAUAACAACUACCGAUGCGCAUGUCCGGACGGCUACUCUAGGGACCACAGGACUGGUUUUUGUGUUUCGGUGAAGGAGAUACACAUUUUCCCUCAACACGACGCCGACUGUCAUAAUGGUGGCCAAAAAUGUGGCCAGAAUGAGUACUGCACAAGUGACAGGACGGGUCAUUGGUACUGCGAAUGUAUGAGUGGAUUCGAGCGCAGCUCUUCCACCGGACAAUGCAGUUAUCCAGGCGCUUGCCUUCCCAACAAGCCUUACUCCUGUGAUGUUCGUAAACGGGAGAAAUGUCUUCCUCAUGGAGCCUUCUACACAUGUCAGUGCGACAAGAAUGAGAGACGACAUCCAGUCACAGGAAUCUGCUUGAAGAAUGAAUGCCUCACCGGCGAGCACGACUGCGACCGCUCUGCACGCUGCAUUGACACGGACGACAGUUACUUGUGCGCUUGUCCUUCUGGAUUCAUCGACAAAUCGCCUGACCCUGUUGCGAGGCCUGGAAGGCUUUGUAUUGCCGAACAAAAUGAAUGUCUUGAUGGAACCCACAGGUGUUCUCCGAAUGCACUCUGCACGGACACACAAUCCGGUUAUGUUUGCCGAUGUAAACCUGGCUUCGUGGACUACUCUCCUAAUGCACAAAGUUUUCCUGGUCUUGUUUGUAAAGAGCUAGUAAACGAAUGCUCGUCGCCAAGCUUAAACACUUGCGAUCGCAAUGCCAUCUGCAUAGAUACGGUAGAAGCGUACACGUGCAUGUGCCGAGCCGGAUACAUCGAUAUGGAUGAGUUCAGGAACCCAGGGCGCCAUUGUCAAAAACUGAAAACAAAUGACAGAUGUUCGGCUGGCAAGAAUGACUGCGAUCGCAACGCUCGAUGUUCCCAAAUAGGCGAUGAUGAUUACAGCUGCACUUGUCCACCCGGCUUCAAAGACAAAUCGCCUUCAAAAUCCCGCCCAGGAAGAGUGUGCAUCCCAGUGAUUCCUGAGUGCGACAAUCCUACACUCAACGACUGUGAUUCCCCCGAUAGAGCCAUUUGCACUGAUACGGAUGAUGGAUACAUGUGCAGAUGCCGUCAAGGUUUCCUCGACAUCUCUCCAAAUAUCGCUACAAAACCAGGAAGACUUUGCAAACCACUGCAAAAUGAAUGUGCACUGGGAACAGACGAUUGCGCUCGCGAUGGUGGUAUCUGCGAGGACACGCCGGACUCCUUCCUUUGCCGAUGCGCUAUGAACUACCUUGACGUUUCAUUUGAUAGACAAAACAGACCUGGUAGAAAAUGCAAAAGAUUGGUGGACGAGUGCGCAACUGGACAAAACGACUGCUCUCGAGAAGCGAUCUGCACGGACACUGAGGAUAGUUACGUUUGUGCCUGUCCGGCUACACAUAUAGAUCUUUCCGCAGACCCAGUGAAUCGACCUGGAAGAAAAUGCCUAUUAAGAAUCAACGAGUGCACAAGCGGACGCCACGACUGCUCGCCGAACGCCGACUGCAUGGACACUCCGGAAUCGUACAAGUGCCGAUGCCGCGACGACUUUGUUGACGAAUCACCGGACAUUGCGCGGCGCCCUGGCAGAAUCUGCCGGCCCGCACUAGUAGACGAAUGUCGGCUUGGCAAGCACGACUGUCACAGUGACGCCUUCUGCCAGGAUCUUCCCCAAAGCUACACGUGCAGAUGUAAACCGGAGUUCCUCGACCAGUCUCCCCACCGGGCUACUCAUCCCGGCCGCCUCUGUGUGCCUCGUCCAACACCGCCACCUCCUGAGUGCCGAAUAGAUGGGCCUAACCAGUGCAAAGCUCACUUGAACGAGGUUUGUCGUCUGGUAAAUGGCGAACAGAAGUGCGCCUGUCCGAUCAACUACCAACGAGACUCAAGCGGUUCAUGCUCAGUUAUCAAUGAGUGCGACUUCCCGCAACUUGUCGACUGCCACCCAUCCGCUGAAUGCAUCGACCAGUUGGUCGGAUACACAUGCCGCUGCAGGUCUGGAUUCAAGGACAUUGGAGAUAAACCGGGCAGGAUGUGCAAACCACUUGUAAACGAGUGUCAAUUCCCUCAUCUGAACGACUGCCACCAGCACGCGCAGUGCAUCGACCAGGAAGAGGGCUACGAAUGCAGAUGCAUUGACGAGGAAGAAGGGUAUCGCUGUGAGUGUCGCGAAGGAUUCUUGGACGUGUCGCCGUCGCCACAACUGAAAGGAAGGAGUUGUCGCAGACUUGUGAAUGAAUGUCGUGACCCAAAGUUGAACGAUUGCGAUCGCAAUGCGAAGUGUCGCGACACGAUGGAUUCAUACGAAUGCGAAUGUCCUUCUAAUUCCAAAGAUAUCUCGCCAAGUUCAGCUUUUCCUGGCCGCGUUUGCUUAAUGUUUGAGAACGAAUGCGCAACCGGCAAGCACGACUGCGACCCUUCGGCAGUUUGUCACGACAACGAGCAAUCGUUCUCCUGCGAAUGUCCUGACGGUUUUAUUGACCGAUCUCCCAAUAAGCUGCAUCGUCCUGGAAGAGUUUGCGUAAAACUGGUGGACGAAUGCGCUAUUGGCCACCACACAUGUAGCGCUCAGGCAGACUGCCGUGACCUGGAGGAGGGGUACACAUGCGAGUGCCGUGAGGGUUACGUGGAUAGGUCGCCGAAUUUAGCCAGCCAGCCAGGAAGGGUUUGCAGCGCGCCAGAAGUAUGUCCUUCAAAUCACGACUGCAGCUCUGCGGCGGUCUGCGAACCAUUAGGGGGCAAUAAAUACCAGUGUUCCUGCAUCCAAGGUUAUGUCGAUCAGUCUCCUGAUGGACAGAGAGGACGUAUUUGUGUGAGAAAUAACGCAUGCCGAGAUCCAAAACUGAACACCUGCUCAAGAAACGCAAUUUGCUACGACGAGGCUAAAGGAUACCGUUGCGAAUGUGCUCGUGGUUUCAUCGACCGAUCUCCAGAUUCAACGAAAAGAGGGAGAGUCUGUGAACCACCACCACCACCAACUCCUCCACCUCGCCAUCCCUGCCAAGACCCGAACCUCAACGACUGCCAUCCGGCCGGUUCUUGCAGGGCCACCGGUGCACAGUCCUACACCUGUGAAUGUCUCCAAGGAUAUGCGGACAAAUCCCCAAAUCCUGCGAAGCCCGGAAGGAUCUGUGUCUUAACAGAGCCCAUUUGCCUAGACAGAAGCCAAAACGACUGCCAUUCAGCAGCAAUAUGUAGCGAAGUGUCCGGUCCUGAGAAAUACACCUGCCAAUGUCGUGACGGUUACAUCGACCAAUCUCCAAAUCGUAACAAUAGACCUGGUCGGAUCUGCGUAGAAAUGGUAAACGAAUGCCUGGAUCGGUCCUUGAACGAUUGCCAUUCGUUAGCCAUCUGCGAGGACAAGCGAGAAGGCUACACAUGCCGCUGUCCAAUCAACACUCUGGAUAAGUCACCGGAUCCUAACCGCCCCGGUCGAUUGUGUGUGAAACAAGUCAACGAGUGCCGCAACCCUUCUCUGAACAUGUGCUCAAGAUUCGCUGAGUGCAUCGACAAGGAGAAUGGAUACGAGUGCAGAUGUAAAUCGGGGUACUAUGACAAUGAUCCCAGUCAUCCCGGAACUCAGUGCACGUACAUAAUUAACGAGUGCGACUCUCCGAACCUAAACGACUGUGACCGCAAUGCAAUUUGCAUUGAUCGCGAGGGUGGCUACGACUGCAAGUGUAAACCUCCGUAUCGCGAUGAAAGUCCUUCUGGUCAUCCUGGACGCAUGUGUCGCCUCAACGAAUGCUUGGACCGUAAUCUGAACAACUGCGACAAGAACGCAGAGUGUCAAGACAUGGACGAUGGUUACAUCUGCAGUUGCAGAGAAGGAUACUAUGAUCAGUCGCCCAAUCCACAGGAACCUGGACGAGUUUGUCUAGAAUUCCAGGUCGAUCACAAGAUCGAGCAUAUAACCAUCACACCUGUCCAAUCACAUCCACUAAAUGAAGGUUUGCCCUGUGGUCGACAGUUCUGCAAAAUCACAGCAGGAGAGGUGUGCAUCAGCGGCUCCUACUGCGGAUGUCGACCAGGGGAGAGCAGAUCUGUAGCCACUGGAAGAUGCGAAGUGGUCGAGCAGACGCCCCUACAAAUCCGCGUGGUAAGCAGGGAUUCCCGUCCACUUCUUUAUUCAAGCGAGUAUGGAUCAACUAAGAGCCCUCCUUAUGUUGAAAUUGUCGACUUGUUCCAGAAAGACAUGGCUCGGACUUUUGGUGGAACAAUCUAUGCUCCACGUUACGUCAACACAAAAGUCGACUACAUCACCCACCCGAAAACAGUGAACAGCUCAUGGCCUGAUGGACUGCUCUUCAAGUACGAUGUGCAGACGACUCCAUCGAAACAACAGCCGAUAGACAAGUGCGAAGUCUGGAGGCAGAUGAUGGCGUCACUUCAGCGAACAAAUGGAGUUAUUGGAGGAGGAUCACUGCGUAUUGCUGACGAUAGCGAAUUGCUCAAUCCUUGUCGCGUUGAGGAGCCUGUUGGCGAGUGCGGAGGACACGAUUGUAAGACUGAGCUGGGCGAGAUCUGCAUUGCUGGGUCAGUGUGCGGAUGUCCAGUCGGGAUGCGACGUGCUGCCUCUACAGACAUCUGCCGAGCAGUCGAAUCGUGGAACUUCCCGUUGUGGGUUAUACGAAAGGAGUACAAGAAUCUCGUUUACAACGACUCUUUUGCUAACCCCAUGGAUUCAACAUACAAAUCCUAUGUUCAAGAUUAUGAGAAAGGAAUAGGUGGUUGCUAUCCUCACACUACAAUUCGGGACGCCUUUGUUGCUGCAGAUGUGAAUGAGAUCAUCAAUCCCAAGAUAAUGAAUGCCAGUUGGGAAAGCGGGCUUCUUUUCAACACUACAGUUCACUUCAGAAAAGGAGCAGUGAGAAUUCCUUCUGAUGUUUACUACGAGCUAAUUCGUUACAUAAUCGAAAAAAAUGGCUAUGAGGUCGGAGACAGCGGCCUCUAUCUGAACGAGUACCAGCCGAACCCGUACAAAGCUUGCUUCAAAAACGACUGCCAUCCCAAAGGCAUUUGCAUCGAUACGUCCAACCGUUCUUAUCGAUGUGAAUGUGGGGCUGGUUUCCGCGAGAUGGAUCCUUCCGAUCCAGGAAAAAAAUGUGUACCUACAUAUGGAUUUAACGAGUGCGAAAGAAAGGAAGACAAUGAGUGCUCAGAGAACGCGCGGUGCAUUGACCUUGAGCAUUUGUACAAGUGCGAGUGCUUGCCCUCCUACUCAGACGCUUCGCCGCCAGGAGCUGUGCCGGGAUCGGUUUGUGUGCUCGACUACUGCAGCGAUGUCAACUUCUGUCCUACGAACACAACCUGCAAAAACAUGGAACAACAGGCUGAAUGUCGGUGUGAUCCUGGGUUCACAGACAUCAGAAAAAGCGAACGUCGCAACGCGCUUGGCCUUGGAGAUGACACGUUCUGCAUGCAUGUAAGAGAUGUGAACGAGUGCGCACUUGGUCUUACAAAUUGCUCAGGAGUGGCUGACUGCAUCGACAGGCCGAUUGGAUACACUUGCAAAUGCCCUGAUGGCUACAUCGAUGGUAACCCUGACGAACCAGGACGUGUGUGCGGUGCCCUGUUGUGUGACCUCUGCAACUCCCACGGCGACUGCGUGCACAAUGCUCGAACAAAUAACAUCACAUGUGUCUGUACCGAAGGAUGGUCUGGCGAGUACUGUCAGGUGGCCCCUUCGAACGCCUCGCUCGUGCUACUCAUCCUGCUCGCUCUUCUCUUCCUUCUGCUCACUCUCUGUUGUCUCCUCUAUUUCUGUACAAAAUGUCACUGCUUCAAGGGUCGAGGAAUGGCCGGUGGAGCACCUUUUGUCUACAGAAGAGGAGGAGCAUGGCCGUGGUCCACACUUGAGGGGUCCUCCUCAUCAGAGAGUGGGGCAGAAUUCUCAGCCCUUAGUGCAGCUGGACACGAGUACUACCCCGACAUUGGGAUACCACGAGCCAAACUGAAGGCUGGUGCAGCUGCUAUGGAUAGCGCCAAGAGCAUGGACGUCGCACGCCUAGACCAAUACCUCUCUGAAGGUGCAGUUCGCAUCCCUCGUGCUCAUCUCGUUGGAGGCGCCGGACGCCUUAAUGAUUCUGACGAUAGCAUGUCGAGUGCCUCAUCUGAAUAUACUAUAAAAGAGGAGAUCGAACGAAAGGUGAUCACUGACGUCACAACGAAAGAAAUCAAAACUACGACCACAACUGACCAUGCCGGAAACGUAGUCACAACUAGAGCCGAGUCGUACGUCUAUCCCACCGAACACACCGUGUCCCAUGGCGAGAGCGCGGCAGCACAUUCCUCCUUGAUGGGAGCGUCGUCAUAUGCCGUCCGGAAUUCCGACUAUUCGAAUAGCGCUGCUUUCAAUGAGAGAAAUUUCCAUCACGUGGGAGGUGAGGAGCGCGAACGUGGAGAAAGUGUUGCAGAGUUUUCUAUAGGACGAGUGAAAUCGAAGGAUUAUGCUGCACGGGACCGCGAAGUUGUUGAGUACUCUUCGGAGCAUGACAUCGGUCAAUCCGACUUAGAAGAGCACGAAAUAGGAGAUGUUCGCACACGUGUUACUCACUCCCACCACUACGAACCUAUAAAGGACGGCGAGUGUGAACGACUACGCACAGAGGUCGUGACGACUCAAUCGUCAACGUCUACGAGCAAACACUGA